AUGAAGUUUCAGCAAACGGAAUGUACGACCGUCAAGGUUCACAGAAGUGGCUCGAAUCCGUGCGCAUUCUGUCUGCAAGUGUCUGUCGUGACAAAGGAAAAAUCAUCAGUGACAAGACCACUUCAACAAGACGAACUCGGCAAUGCCAGGGUAAGGUUAUCCGCAAUUUUCACCGACAGAAGUGUUUCUAUAACUUAGAUAGCGAGAAUUCAAUUGCAUGGAUAACAUUUUGACAGACAUACAUUAUGGAAAUAGUUUAAUUAAAUGCGUAAAAACAGUGGAAAAUUUGUAGUGAAAAGUUGACUGGAUUUUAGUAUUUAUUUAUGAGAAUGUUCAUGACCAUACUGGAUUUUGGUAUAUAUGUAGUUAUGUAGCCUACGAGCAUAUUCAUGAACAUAUACUGGAAUUUAGCAUAUAUAUGCGAAUGCUCAUUUCCUUCACUUUUGGAUUUCUUUUUUCCUUCCAACUGCUAAAAUUUCCUUAAAAGGGGAAAAAUCCUUCGAAGUGGAAACCAUGCAUCAGCUAAUUUUUUAAAAAAUAUCCUUUCUUAUCCUAUAGUGCACCUUCAAAUCGCUAUGCGAAGUUGAUGAAGAAGAAGCAACUUCGCUCUUCCAGAGUUUAACAAACAUUUACGGUGUAAACGGCUCAACAUAUAGUUGUUUUACCCAUAUAUCACACCAUUCAACCCUAACAGUCCUUUAUAUCAAGAAGUACCCUCAAUCUACCAUCAUUCAAGUGGUUGUAUCGCUGAGUCUGACGUGUGUGGUGUUACUGGCGUGUACCAUGCAUGUCUGUCGAGGCACUCCAAAAAGGCGGGAACUUCAAAGAAUUAAAGAGAAUUCUAAGCACAAGAAACUAUCAAAAAAUGUGAUCACAUUUCACUGGACGGCACCAAGGAAUAAUACUUCCAGAAAG